UUACAUUCUCUCUGGUUGGUUUAUUAUGAUAAUAAGGCUGAGUAAAGAGGUUUUAUUAGAAAUAUAUGAAAUCAGCUCUCAUUCUUUUCUUUUAUUUUCUACCUCGAAUAAGUAAUAACCCUGAUAAAAUACUGUAUUCGAAGUAAUGCGCGGGAAUUUCUGUUGGCGGCGAUAUUUGCAGCACUCCCAUAUUCUUACAUUGAACAACCAUUUCUCCAACAUUCCACUAGCUAGCAGAAGCAUUGUAAAACUACCAAAUUACAGAAAUUUGAAUUUCCAAAAACAAUCACUGAACAAGCAUCCAGACAAAGAUGUUAUUAAAUGGAACACACAGAUAUCAAAUUACAUGAGAAGAGGCCAAUACAGAUUGGCUGUCGAGCUCUUCCAUUCAAUGCCACGCCGAACAGUAGUUUCCUGGAAUGCGAUGAUAACUGGGUACUUGUCAAAUGGCCGUUUUCAGGAUGCACACCAGAUCUUCGAUGAAAUGCCUGUGAGAGAUGGGUUUUCUUGGAAUUCAAUGUUGAAUGGAUAUAUUUUGUUUCUAGACUUAGCAGCUGCUAGAAGGUUCUUUGAGGAAAUGCCGGAAAGAGAUAUUGUAUCAUGGAAUACGAUGCUGUCGGGGUAUGCUCGUGGUGGGUAUGUGGAUGAUGCUAGGGAACUGUUUGAUGAGAUGCCAACGAAGAAUUCUAUAUCAUGGAAUGGAAUAGUGGCUGCAUAUGUGCAGAACGGGAGGGUAGAUGAAGCUGCAGCCUUGUUCGAGUCUAGAGGGGGUUGGGAACUGGUGUCUUGGAAUUGUUUGAUGGGUGGGUAUGUGAAGAUGAAUAGGCUGGUUGAAGCAAGGGAACUUUUUGAUAGGAUGCCUGCAAGAGAUGAGGUUUCAUGGAAUACUGUGAUAUCGGCUUAUGCUCAGAGUGGGCAUCUGUCAGAAGCUGAGAGUUUGUUUAUGAGGUGUCCGAGCAGGGAUGUCUUUACGUGGACAGCAAUGGUUUCUGGUUAUAUACAAAAUGGUAUGUUGGAUGAGGCACGGAGAAUAUUUGAUCAGAUGCCAGAGAAGAAUGUAGUAUCAUGGAAUUCUAUGAUAGCAGGAUAUGUACAUUGUAAGAGAAUGGACAUUGCCAGGGAAGUCUUUGAGGCUAUGCCUAUUCGUAGUAUUAGUUCUUGGAAUACAAUGAUUAGUGGCUAUGCACAUAACGGUGAUAUUGCAGAAGCUAGGGGUUUGUUCAAUAAGAUGCCUCUGCGGGAUUCUAUCUCAUGGUCAGCGAUGAUUGCUGGUUAUGCUCAAAGCAGUCAUAAUGAGGAGGCUUUACAUCUAUUUGCCAACAUGCAUAGAAAUAGAGAAAGGUCGAAUAAGUCAGUGUUUACGUGCAUUUUGAGCACGUGUGCUGAUACUGGUAUUUUAGAAUUAGGCAUGCAAGUGCAUGGGCAAGCCAUUAAAGUAGGAUAUGAAAGUGCAACCUAUAUAGGAAAUGCAUUGGUUGCCAUGUAUUGCAAGUGUGGAACCAUUGAUGAAGCAAACUGUGUCUUUAAGGGCAUAAAAGAAAAGGAUACUAUUUCUUGGAAUACAAUGAUUGCUGGUUACGCAAGACAUGGGUUUGGCCGUCAAGCUCUGGUAGUUUUCGAGUCAAUGAUUGAAGCUGGGGACAAAGCUGAUGAUACAACCAUGGUGGCUGUGUUGUCUGCGUGUGCUCAUGCUGGUUUAGCUGACAGAGCCAAACAAUAUUUUUACUCUAUGUACCCUGAUUAUGGGAUAGUUCCAAGUCCACGACACUAUACGUGUAUGAUUGAUCUUCUAGGCCGAUCUGGCAGGUUAGAUGAAGCCCAUAAUUUGGUGAGGAACAUGCCAUUUGCACCAGAUGCUGCAACUUGGGGUGCCUUGCUUGGUGCAGCGAAGGUUCAUGGGAACAUCGAGCUUGCAGAAAAGGCUGCAGAGAUCAUCUUUAAAAUGGAACCUAAUAACUCGGGAAUGUAUGUACUUCUUUCAAAUUUAUAUGCAGCUUCAGGCAGAUGGUAUGAUGUUGGGCAAAUGAGAUUGAAAAUGAGAGACAAAGGAGUGAAAAAAGUGCCGGGUUAUAGUUGGCUUGAAGUGCAAAACAAGAUCCAUACUUUUGUGGCUGGGGAUAGUUGCCACCCGGAAAAGGUUAGGAUAUAUGCAUUCUUAGAAGAGUUAGAAUCACGGAUGAAGCAAGAUGGAUAUGUGUCAUCCGUAAAGUUGGUUUUACAUGAUGUUGAUGAGGAGGAGAAAGAGCAUAUGCUCAAGUAUCAUAGUGAAAGAUUGGCGGUUGCUUAUGGAAUAUUGACAUUACCAACUCAGAAACCAAUACGGGUGAUGAAAAAUCUGAGGAUCUGUGAAGAUUGCCAUACAGCAAUUAAGCACAUCUCGAAGCUUGAAGGAAGGUUGAUAAUAGUACGGGAUUCUAACAGAUUUCACCAUUUCAAGCAAGGAUCAUGUUCGUGUGGGGAUUACUGGUGAAUCUUAAGGGAUCCAAAACAUGGAAAUAUUGAAGGAUAAGGCUAUUUUAAUCAUCAGCCAUAUUUCAGAUUAAUAGCGAUUUCUUAACCCACAACCCAACAGUAUCGGAUAAGAUGGGUUAAGGUCAAAUACUGAUGCAUUGCUAGUUGGACUCCUAACAGUUUCCUUUUUGGUGUGUAGAGAGCCGCAAAUAGCAAUGAUGUAGAUGGGGUUUGAUCCAAGAGACUUGGACCAACUCAACUAGUUGGCUCGCACUUAGAAGCCUCAGAAUUUUUCAGGCAUUAUGUGUGUAUUAGAGCUAUGAAUUUAUAGUUAGGGGGUUUGCAGCUGCCCAAUAGUGGGAAAACUUUACAUGGACACUUGCAACAAAUGAGAUGCAAGAAGAACGAGUUGGAGAACCUGUAAUUUUGAAGCAUGAUGCAAUCAAGAGGUUGGAAGCAUUUCCUGAAAAUGUUAAAAGAUGAAACUAUCUCCUUCUCUGGCUUCACAAUCAAUUGGUGCUAGGGCAGUGGACACUUCGUCUAUCGGAAACCGCUGGAAACAAUAAUUGUUUUUUUUUUUUUGUGUUUGCACCCGGUUCACCCUUUGGGCUACAUCCGAAUCGAGGCCAAGUUCGAGAUGGUUAGGUUCCAUUCCUCUCCCAAGGGUGUUGCAGGGAUUCGGACACGGGUCCAUCCUACCAAAGUCAGUCCCCAUCACCACUGGGCUAACACUUACUUGGUAGGAAACAAUAAUUGUUCAUUGUGCAUGUUCCAUGUUAAAAGUUCUCUGUCAUGGAAAAUUACAUCCUCGUCUUUAUCACAUCUAUUCCCUCGAUGUUUUUUAAUUACAACAUUUGACUUUUCUAUUAUUUACAGUUCUCCCUGUAACCUUGUAAAAAAAAAUUAUAUGAAUUUGGUCCACACUAAAUUAGCAUGGACCUAAUGCUAA